AACUUGUUUUGUUUGAAAAUAGGUAGCGUGACAAAAUUGUAGAUACUAGAUUGCAUUGAUAGCAAUGAAAUUAAAUAGUCAUACCAAAAUCGUAGGAGCAAAUAUAAUUUUGGUUCCUUACAAAAAACAUCAUGUACCUGUCUAUCAUGAAUGGAUGAAGUCCGAAGAAUUACAAAAGCUAACAGCUUCAGAACCAUUAAAUUUAGAGCAAGAGUACGAAAUGCAAAAAACAUGGCAUGAUGAUGAAGAUAAAUGCACAUUUAUCAUUUUGGACAAGGAUAUAUUUAAUAAUACAGCCUUUGAUGAAACAGGUGCAAUGAUUGGGGAUACAAAUAUAUUCAUAACUGACAAAGAGUUGGCUAUAGGAGAAAUAGAAAUAAUGAUAGCUGAACCAUCAGCCAGAGGAAAGAAAAGAGGAUGGGAAGCUGUUAAAUUAAUGUUACUUUAUGGAAUAAAUUAUAUAAAAAUACAAACAUUUGAAGCAAAAAUAUCAUUACAGAAUGUGAUCAGUAUUAAAAUGUUCAAAAAGUUAGGAUUUCAGGAGAAAAGUGUCAGUGCAGUAUUUCAAGAAGUGACUUUGGACAAGAAAGUAUCAAAUGAAUGGACCCAGUGGUUAGCAAGUAGUCUUUCUUUUGAAAUAAAAGACUAUCACUAAUUAAAUCAAAUAAAAGGUUUCUACAAUACCUUCACAGCAUGUUAUGUUGGAUUUUUUGACAUUACCACAUACUUUUAUGAAACAUUUUCUCUUACUAUCGACAAAAUACAUGAGUUGAAG